GUAAAGUCGGAAGGACGCGACGUCAUUCAGGAAUCACAACGCUGAAUUUAGAAUUUUCUAUUUUUACCGUGGACUUGGAGUUAGUUCUUCUCUGGUUGUGCUUAAAUAUUAUAUUGGGAUUUCAUAGCAAAAAGAUCGGAGAAUUUUUAAACUAUUUAUACAUUAAAGUAUUUGUUACAAUGUUGGGAUCCGGUGAUGGUAGCUAUAUUAUAAAACUACGGGGCUUGCCUUUCUCCACUACUGCUGAAGAUGUCCUCACAUUUCUAAGCGGCGUAAAUGUUAUAAACGAUAAAGAUGGAGUCCAUUUGACCGAGGUUAGACCUGGUAGGCCUUCUGGAGAAUGUUUCGUAGAGGUGCAGAGUCAAGACGAUGUCACUCACGCGUUGAAAAAAGACAAAGAAAAUAUUGGCAGACGGUACAUUGAAGUCUUUUCCACCGAUCGUCAGGACAUGGAGUGGGCGUUAAAUGCUAUGAGACAGAGUGAAAAUGGUUUUGAUGUUAUACCCAAUGUGUCUGAUGAUUUUGGAAUAGUAAAAUUGAGGGGCUUGCCUUUUGGUUGCUCUAAAGAGGAAAUUAUACAAUUCUUCAACGGGUUGUCGGUGGUCCAGGACGGGGUGCACUUGCUCUCGGAUCACACGGGGCGGGCCUCCGGCGAGGCGUUUGUAUACUUCGUAGACAAGCAGAGCGCUCGAGACGCUCUUGACAGGGACAUGGAGAAAAUAGGACACAGAUACAUAGAGGUGUUCCUAAGUUCAGCGGACAAGGUGCGAGCGUACGGCGCUCGGCUGGAGGGUGGCGGGUUCAAGUCCCGGGGAUACAGACCCACGCCCUACGACAGGAACGACAGGCUCUCCGGCCGGUUCGGGGGCAGGGGGAGGGGGUCCUUCGCCAGAGGAGGUUCGGGAGGCUCGUACACGGGCCGCGGCGGCCGGCUGGGCUCCAGCCACUGUGUACACAUGAGGGGGCUGCCGUUCAAGGCGACGCCGCAGGACAUCGCAUAUUUCUUCAAGCCGAUCCGUCCUCUGAAUAUCAACAUACACUACGACAACAGCGGCCGACCCUCGGGGGAGGCGGACGUGGAGUUCGAGUGUCACGAGGACGCCAUGAGGGCGAUGCGCCGUGACAAGAACAACAUGGAACACCGCUACAUCGAGUUGUUCAUGAACUCCUCGCCGACCUUCAAGAGCCCGCGCCCGUUCCGCACCUACUGAGUCACCAGAGCUCGGUUUCGUUUUGUAUGGCAGCAGCCGACCGGCGCCGGCCUCGUCGGUCGCUCAGGACGCCGGCUCCGUAGAUCGAUGGCUUUGAAAAAUAUUGUUAAUUUCGAAUAAAAUAAUGUAUAUUAUCGUCUCGUCGCCUCGGCGAACGUCACGACUGUUCGUACUAGCGAUUAAGUUAGCUCUCUGUAGUUAAUGUAGUACUUAAUUAUGAAGUACCGGGCGUGCUCGCAUCGACGUCCGUGCGGCUCGUAGAUAAAUCAAUUGUAUAGGUAUCGAUAUUCGACGCUAGUAUUAGUGAGAUGCAUUUCUAGGCGAGUAUUCUUAGACUGUUCCCCGAGCGAGUCGGCCGACUGCGGCGUGAGGUACUGGGGGCCAAACUGUUUCGCGCGAGCGCCGACGUCCUUGUUGCGGCGUGUCCAUGCUGUUUUAGACUUGUCGUGUGCGCACGCGACGCGCUCGGCGCCGCGACGCUGACUGCGGGUUUCCUUUUAUUAUUUAUUGAUAUACAUCUCGUCGGAACAAAUGUUUAUAUGGAUUGUAUGUGAUAAGUGUUUUAUAAUAAAGAUGACGUCACCGGUCGGGGGCGUCCUGUACAUUAUAACCAGAGUGUUAGUGACCUAGAUCAUAAUACUAUUUUUAAGUUAACAAAAUCAUUGCACGUGUCGAGAAAUAAUUGAGAAAUUUCCUACAGUAAGAGACGAAUUGGAUUUGUAGAUGAAUCCCUCGAACCGGACUCGGGAGGUUGUAGGGGUGAGAGGUCGUUGGAAAUGUAGUAUUUUAUUUAAAUAAUACAAAGACAAAAGAAAGAAUUGUUCGAAAAAUAACUGAAGGGUAGGGUAGUCUUAGAUCUCAAUGACUGGAGGGGACAUUGAAUUGUAUCGUCCGAGUUCCGUAGAAUUAGUUUAUAACAAACACGAACCACAUUAGAAGACAACGACACGGGAACUUACUGUUGUUACGGACUGUUGGUAGAAGGUUGAACGUUAAUAAAAUGUAACGACUUUGUUGUUCCUUUAUUUACAGCGAUACUCCCGCGUGGAUACACAGCAUACAGAUAUUACAUAUGUGCAGUAGCGGCGUUAAUUCCUCUCGCUCAUUAUUCAAAGUCUAUUUACGCGGAAAUUCCCUAAAUUUAGCGAAAAUAUCGUUAUGUUGGCUUCACUAAAAUGGAACGCAGUGUUCAAAACGGAGCUCUGUUUGCGCAAAUUUCACCGGGAAUCCCCGACCAUUUAAUAUACUCCGUUUGUCAGGAUCGAGUUUAUAGUGUUUGUUGCCGUUUAUCUGAUAGUAGUUCCACGUCGAGUUCCGUAUGUAGAGGAUAUAACAACUGGAAACACUUGUCUGCAAUGUUAAAAUUCAUGAGAAUAGCACUUCUCAUAAGAAUUUUACCUUUCAUGGAUUGAUGCUGAACUACGAUUAAAAACAGGAAUAACAAUACAUUGCUAAGAGCAACAUUCGAUUAGAAAGGAAACUACAAGAUGGAAUAAUCUUUUGACUAGAUUUCUGCUUAUUACACUUCAUUUAGAUGAAAACAAUGUGACGUUUAGAGGUACUUCCGACAAACUAUAUAAGCCAAAUAACGGAAAGUUCUUGGGCUUAGUACAACUGCUAACCAAAUUUGCACCAGUCAUGCAGGAGCUCUUACGAUUACCUAUGUAGGGUGAUGUUUCAGAUAAAUACUGCGGGAAAGACCUUCAAACUGAAUAAAUAGCCGGUGGGUGAAAAAGUAAAGUCAGAUAUCACAUCACACGCAAAGAAAUCAAAAUAUUAUUCCAUUAUAGCUGAUUAUACUCCAGAGACCAGAAAUUAGUCAUGUAGAACAACUCGCUGACAACACGAUUUGUUGAUUUAUCUUCAGAUGACGAUAAAAUAUCAGUAAAAGAGCAUUUCCUAGAACUUAUACCUGUCAAUGAGUCGACUGGUGAAAGACUGACUGAACUUAUCAUUGACGUUUUAAAUAAAUAUGGACUGGAAUUGACUAACUGUAGGGGUCAGGGUUAUGGCAACGGGGCUAACAUGAAAGGAAUAAAUGUUGGGGUUCAAAGGAGAAUUCUGGAUAGGAAUCCCUUAGCUGAUUAUGUACCGUGUGGCUGUCACAGCUAUAAUCUUCAUAGCCAUGCACAGAGAUUUGGGGUAGGGUAAGCAGAAUAUGUUUGAAAAAAAAAUACAAAUUUUCAUCAUAAUUGCCUCCUCUAAACUAUUGAUAAUAAUGAGAUCUUUCACAAGUAUUCAUUUAAACGAAACUAAUAUUUUCGGCUUACUACGCGUAAUUUAUUAUUUUAACGGGCAUACGAGAUGUCUGCCGUGAUCAGGAUAGCUGCAAAGUAACCGAAACGUCGGGAGUAUGUAGUUUUUAAUAUAAUAAAAUACGCGAAGUAAACCGAAAAUAUUAGUUAUUUAUAAAUAUCAUUUAAUCAUUGAUAACAUUCGCGCAAAAAGUGACAGCAGUCUGAUCAGAACAAACAUCUAUAUAUUUUAUGAAUCUCUCGACUGCCUCUGAGCCACGAAAGUACCUUAAAACGAUUACGAUCUGUUCAUCACCGCUUUAUAAAAGUUAUUUUAAUCGGAAUAUCCAGCGGAGAGCCAAACAUUCUUAUAAUUAUUAUUUGAAAACAACAAACAAGGAAACAAAAUAACUUAUUUGUGUGUACGCAACCUGCUAGCUAAUUAAAACUAUCAUAACACUUUUUAUUAAAACGAAUAACAUUACCUUUCUUUUAGUUCACUCUCAACUGGUCACACACCUUCCCUUUGUAAUUAUCUUUAUUUUAUUAUCAAACGAGAAUAUUGAAAAUCUACUCGUAAUUUAUUUCGAUAAACACACAUCACUAGCACUGAGCUCACAGCUAUAAUUUUCCAUCAUUCGUUAAUAAAUUCAUUCAGUUUACUAGUUAACUAAUUAAAACUUAUUCACUUGCGCUUAGAAAGACAAAUGACAAUAUUCAAUAAUAAAAUGGCGAAAAAAAUAUCUGAACAGUUUAUCGACCAAUCAGAGAGUCCCGUCUCAUUUAACAAUUAACGGACUUUUUACGACAUUUUAAAAGAUAAAAAGGAUACAGUGCUUCUCGAAUAGAAACAUUCAUAGGUUUUUGCACUCAACUCACAUGCAAACAUUUUCUGCAUACAACACGAGAUUUGUAGAUCGUCCUUGAGAUUCUUUGGAUGGAAAAUAAGCACCGAGUAGUUGUGUCUACCGCCGCUCUGGCUGCAUAGCGGCGCUAGCAGUUAGCAGCGACCGAUCGAGAAUGUUUCGCUUUCUGUUUAUAGAUGGCACUUAUAACAAAUCGGGAAUCAAAUGUCUGUAAACAUUUGUAUUUCGUAAUGUAUGAUUAAAAGAAUGUAAGAAUUAAACAAUAUAGGUUUAGCUGUUAUAUGGGUAGGGUAUUCAGUGCUUAUUUGCAUCUAUGGUGUGCACGCCACUGAUAACCUCGUUACUCUGCGAUGCCGCUAAGUCAUCCGUAAAAUCAGUCACUUUGCUUGGAGAAGGUACUUCAGGGGUUGUUCACAUCGUUUUCAGCUUUUGUUCAUCGAUGAAAAAUCCUAACCGAUCACUUGGGUUUAUAUAGUAUAAAAAAGCUCAGCGGUACACGUUGGGAAGCAAGAAUCAGCAGUAUUAAAGCAGUCCGUUAUCAAGUUAGUGCCAUCCAUGUGGCUUUAAUUAUAUAAUAAUUUCAUCAAUGAAAGAUUUGAACAGUUAAAUGAUUACUCGGAAUAUUGAUCUUUUCUGUACAAUAUAAGUCCUUGUUUAUUUCAUAAACAACUGUUUUUAUCACGCGCCGAAAAUAAACAAUAGCCUAGUGGAAUUUUACUGAAAAUUAUUUAAUCAUGAAAAAAAUAUAAAAGUUGUAUCAACUAAGACAAUUUUAAAGAUUAAAUUAUUAUGUACCCACUGUAUAUUCUGUACAAAAAUGACCGGAUUCUUCAUUAUAUUUUUUAUUCAAAGCGGUCACUUUGUAACCCGCAAAUGCAAUCGACGCAAAUAAAAAAGUUAUAAAUUCAUA